CCCGCCCCGCCGGUGUCCCUACGCGCUGCGCUAAGGUCACAGCUGUCAUUCGGUGUCUAACCAGCCGUCAGCCGGAGGAGGCAGAGGAUCCCCAGCGAGGAAGGUGCAGGAAAGACCCAGCUAAACCAGCAACAUGUCUCUGUCUAACAAACUCACCCUCGACAAGGUGGACGUGAAGGGGAAGCGCGUCAUUAUGAGGGUUGACUUCAACGUUCCCAUGAAGGACAAGCACAUCACAAACAACCAGAGAAUCAAGGCGGCCCUUCCCAGCAUCCAACACUGCCUGGACCACGGGGCCAAGUCCGUCGUGCUGAUGAGCCACCUGGGCCGUCCUGAUGGAAACUUCGUGCCUGAGAAAUACUCCCUGGAGCCCGUUGCUGCCGAGCUCAAGACCCUGCUGGGAAAGGAUGUCACCUUCCUGAAGGACUGUGUGGGUGCAGAGGUGGAAGCUGCCUGCGCUAACCCUGCCACCGGAUCCGUCAUCCUGCUAGAGAACCUCCGCUUCCACGUUGCCGAGGAAGGAAAGGGCAAGGACGCCUCCGGAAACAAGACCAAGGCAUCCCAGGGGGAGACUGACUCCUUCAGGGCCUCUCUGUCCAAACUGGGAGAUGUUUACAUUAACGAUGCCUUUGGCACAGCUCACAGAGCGCACAGCUCCAUGGUGGGAGUGAAUCUGCCUCAGAAGGCAGCUGGUUUCCUGAUGAAGAAGGAGCUCGACUACUUUGCCAUGGCUCUGGAGAAACCUCAGAGGCCCUUCCUGGCCAUCCUCGGAGGAGCGAAGGUGAAAGAUAAGAUCCAGCUGAUCAACAACAUGUUGGAUAAGGUUGAUGAGAUGAUCAUCGGCGGCGGUAUGGCCUUCACCUUCCUCAAAGUCCUCCACAAGAUGGAGAUCGGUAACUCACUCUACGACGAGGAGGGGGCUGGCAUUGUCAAUGACCUGAUGGCCAAAGCCAAGAAGAACGGCGUCAAGAUCACACUGCCUGUCGACUUCGUCACUGCUGACAAGUUUGAUGAGAAAGCAACCACCGGCACCGCCACUGUCGCCGCUGGAAUCCCCGCCGGCUGGAUGGGUUUGGACUGUGGACCAGAGAGCUCUAAGGCCAAUUUGGAGGCGGUGGGCAGGGCCAAGCAGAUUGUGUGGAACGGCCCAGUUGGUGUGUUUGAGUGGGACAACUUUGCCAAAGGGACGAAGAACCUGAUGGACAAAGUGGUCGAGGUGACCAAGGCGGGUUGCAUCUCAAUCAUCGGUGGGGGCGACACUGCCACCUGCUGUGCCAAGUGGAACACAGAAGACAAGGUCAGCCAUGUCAGCACAGGAGGCGGUGCCAGCCUGGAGCUGCUGGAGGGUAAAGUCCUGCCUGGCGUGGACGCCCUCAGCAGUGUCUAAACCUCCCAACAGCCCAUUGAUGUGUGUGGGGUGUGUGUGAGUGAGUGAAUGAGAGGUGGGUAGCUACUCAGCCAGACUCCUGUUUACUCCUGAAACCUCCCCAGCUGCAAAAAAAAAAAAAAAAACGCACUUGCUUUAUCAACCAUUUCAUCUUUUAUUCCAGCUUUGUUUUGUAAAGUAAUGCCAGUUGUGAUUCACAGGGGAAUAAUUACGUUUGCCUCAGAUGUAUCGAUGCUGUCUGUAACAAGCAGAGACUUCUGCUUUAUUGUAACAUGCUGAUGAAACUCUUCAAGGCAAACUGCUGGAGACAGGAAUCAUAACUUGACAGUGAUGGCUAAGUUUCGAGAAUUAAGAUCUGUUUAUACUUAAAAAGAUUAAAUGGCUUGAUAAGGUGAAAGUUGUUUUUUGCUCAGGUGAUGAUAAUAUUUCCUGUUGACCUGCUGAACACUCUCCACAGCGUUACCUUCACCUGAAUCUGGGUUUAAAUAGCAGGUGCAGUGGUUCUGCUUUACCUCUCCGCUUGCUUUCUCUCUGACUCAUCAGGAUUUCUGCUGUGUUUCUUUUCAAAAUCAGGAGUCGUCAGAGCUCACCCCUGAGGAAUUUGAACACUGGAUCGUGUGCGAGUGAAUGUGUGUAUUGGUCACUUUUCCGUACCCGCCCUUGAAGGUCACAACACCACCCUCAACAGCGUCGGCUCUGGUCAUCUGUCUCUGGCUGUUGGUUUAUGAGCAGCGUCAGACUGAGAUGUGGUGAGAUGUGUGAUCUCAGCCGAUCUGUUCAGGUUAAUAAAACCAUCUCUGUGUAAAA